AUGAGGUCUUCCUCCUCCAUGAUGUCAACGAACACUCUUCCUCCUCCUGCUUCUUCCUCUUGCUCUCCUCCUACUACCACGGUUUCCCCUCGGCUUUCGACCUCUUAUUCCACAAGAACCCAUUCCAUGGUUAUUUGUGCUAAACGGAGCAUCCAUAAACCCGUUGAUCGUCUUAAUCUUCAUGUUGACACCAUUUCCUCCUCUAUUAUUCCUCGCAACUACUAUCAAGCCUUUCAACAUCCUAAUUGGUUAAAUGCCAUGAAAGAUGAAUAUGGUGCACUUAUUUCUAACAGCACUAGGGUGCUUGUACCUCAACCUUCCAAUGCUAAUGUGGUUAAUUGUAUUUGGUUUUUCAAAAUGAAACUUAAUGCAGAUGGAUCUUUGGCUCGAUACAAGGUACUUUUGGUUGCAAACGGAUAUUGUCAGCAUCCGAUCAUUGGUUGUGAUGAAACAUUUAGUCUGUUUAUUAAACUAACUACUAUCUAG